AGAACAUGUUUUGAGUGCAUAACCUUGAGAGGAAUGUCAUCUUUCAGCCCCAGUCUCUUGCUUCCUGGAGUAAAAAAUGCACCUCCUUUGUCUUGCCUGUCACCUGGGAAGGGGCGGAAGUCACAUAUGCUGAGCACACAGCAAGACAGACAUCAGAAUACAAAGAUGUGUUCCUCAGCACCUUGGACCAAAGAAAUCAGCGAGAGACACUGAACGGGUUGUGUUCUAAUAUUGUGGAACCCAAUCAACACAGGUGUGUUCCUUGUUGCUGGUUAAAUGACGACAUUCCUCUGAGCCACUGAGCUGUGUUGCAGCAUUGUUUUCACGCAAGAAAGAAAAUCUCCUGCAGGCAAAAUGCGGGACAUGCUGGAGAGACUGCAGAACAUUAGUGGAGAGCAGGAAGACCACGAGCCAGAGUUUAAUGGACCUGAGCAUGACGUAGACAAUAUGACUUUUUCCCAACAGGCAGUAGUUUUUGAGAACUCCUCCGCAAUUGACAACAUCCUGAAGGAAGCCCACUCCAUACGCAAGGAGAUCUCCGCUCUCCUUUUGGAGGUUGAGCACCUGAGCACACACAAUGAACGCUUUGGGACCUCUGUGCGUCGCUUUUCUCUGAUCCAAAAGGACUCUGACUCCAUCGCCAGAGGGAUCCAGCAAAGUGGGGAGGCCCUUUUCAACCGCCUGCAGGCUCUUGGUAAUAAGAGCAGCCAGCUGGAGGAGAAAGAAGGUCCUGACUCUGCUGUCAGCCGCAUUGCCCGAGUUCAGUAUGACACACUCACAAGAGAUUUUCAUGUUGUCAUGAGUGGCUACAACAAGGCUGAGGAGAUGCAGAGGAGCAUAUGUCGAGAGAGGAUCCAGAGACAGACCUCGAUUAUGGGGACUGACAUCACAGAUAAGCAGCUGGAUGUGCUGGUGAAUAAAGGUGGUGCGGGACUGGCAGAGCUGUCCCAGAGUCUGCAGACACAAGGUGGACGCACCAGCCGCUGGGCAUUGUCUGAGAUCAAAGGAAGACACAAGGAACUGGUGGAGCUAGAGGCCAGGCUGAAGGACAUCCAUGAACUAUUCCUGAACAUGGCCAUGCUGGUGGAGGAGCAGGGAUCCAUAAUCAAUAACAUUGAGAAAAACAUGUAUAGCACUCAGGAAUAUGUUGAAAAAGUCAAUGUUCACAUUAAGAAAGCCACACAGUACAAGAGGAAAAAUCCCUUCCUUCAAUUAUGUCCCUGUCUGCCCUGUUGGAGAAACAAACAAACAUUUUAGGACUUAUUAAGCACCUUAUGUAAUUUUAUGAAUGAUUGAAAGCUGAAAUAAAUAUUUAGUAAUGUAAUGUUAUGGACUGCUGAAAAAAACUGCAUCCAAAUAAAUCCAAUGUUUACAAUGAUAAUUCAUUUCUUGUUUUCAGCUGUUCAGGGUUUUGAGAUAUCAGCUGUCUGAAAUAAAAUGUCAUAAUAAACACAAAUGAGGCACUGUUCGUCACAUGAUCACAGAUUAAAUUGAGUCAUGAUAGUAAGUAGCAGUAAUAGCUAAGGGAUGUUUGACACCGUCACUGGUGCUAGAUGACAUUUGUUGAGAAGAGCAACGACAUGUACAGCACAUUAUUAAUUUGGUGAUCAUGCUUUAGCGGAAAUCUUAUCCUUUUCUCUUUUAAGUUACAGGAAACUGAGCCACACAUCAACGUGAGAGCUGAAAUUGUGAGGAAAUUGAUACUAAAGUGUUUGCUGUAUGGUACUUUGAUUAUAAACCAAUAAAUGUGGAGCAUACAUGACAGUAUGCAGAUUAUUAGGGGCCUCACACCCAUUUGACACCCACAUACCUGUGUGAGAUUAGAAUGUUACUUUAUUUCAAUUUCACCAAACAAGAUUGCAUUACACUUAGACAAACCAACUCCACUUACAUAAAGCCUAAGGGCUGAGGGAUAUAUGCAUAUCAGUUUGAAAAUUUACAAUUUAAGCCCUCGAGAAUGGCUAUUCUAUUGUUGCUGUAUAAAACAUCUAAAUAUAAUGGCUUAUGGUUAAAGGUCCAGUGUGUAAAAUUUAGUUGACUGUGAAUUUCUAAAAGUGUACAAUGACCUGGUUGUAUGAAUUGUUGUCUUUAUAUGAGAGCUGCAGCGAUUAUUCGAUUGAUUGGUUAUUAAUUGAUUGCUAUCU